AACCAAACCUGCCUGGUUUGGUAAGGGUAGAAUAUAUAUAACCAAUUUAAAUCACCCUGUUAACUUAAAUCAAAAUAAUUAUUUCAUUUCUAGCAGGUGUAAAAAAAAAUAAGCCUUUUUAACUGUAUAUAUAAUAGUUUCUUUUUUUAUCCAAAAAACAGCAGCUUAACGCGGGAUGUUGUUUCCUUCUAGUGGCAAUAACAAGAAAAAAGAGAAGACGUACAGAAAGUUCGAAAAUGGAACCGAAGACCGAAAUCACCGAAGAUAUAUACGAGAAGAUUUCUAUGAAAAAAAUAAUAUUGCAAUUUGCAAAAAACACAACAGCUCAUGGCAUUACCCAGAUUGCGCUAGCAAGAGGUCGCUGGUUUAAGUUAUUCUGGGUAACUGCAAUUAUUGGUUGCCAAAUAGGAAUUUAUUUGCAAAUAACGCCUUUAGUUAUACAAUAUAGAAAAAGACCUGUCGUGACGAAGGUAUACCAAAUUGCUGAUGCUGUGUUAACGUUUCCUGUUGUUACAGUUUGCAAUAUCAAUCCCAUAAGAAAAAAGGAGGCUGAAAUGUUGUUCAAUGAUACUGAUGGAGGACUAAAUGCUAGUAACAGUCUCAGAACUGGACAGUUCUUUCCUAUGAAAGAUUUAUGGCUUUCUUCAAUAAGUUUCAAACUAGGAAAUCAGAUGUUAAAUUACGGGCAUUUAUUUGAAAACUUCGUUUUAGACUGCCGAUGGAACUUCUUUCAUAGUUGCAUGAAUUCAAGAUUCUGGAAACAAUUUUGGCAUUGGAAAUAUGGCAAUUGUUUUUCUUUCAACAGCGGUUAUGACCGUAAUAACAAAGCUGUUCCUGUUUUAACCUCUUUUGAAACUAAUAUUAAUACCCUUCUAUCAUUAGAAUUAAAUAUAGGUCUCAAGGACUAUUAUUUGCCAUUGGCAAAAAGGGCCGGUAUAAUUCUUCAUGUUGGUGAGCAGGAUGUUAUGAAGGACAUUUUGUCCCACUCUCAUUACCUCUCACCAGGUUUUUCACAUCUUAUUUCAAUGGAAAAAACAAUUCGAAAAAGAGCCGACCCGUUUAACAAUAGAACAUGUAUACCACAUUAUAAAACUGAUUUGGGAAAGCAGCCAAAUAAUGAUCAGAGAAUUUUAAAAAAAUAUUCUAGAAAAACGUGUAUGGAUCUUUGCUCUUAUCAAGUUAUGAUAAGGAAAUGUAACUGCACUCCAUAUUGGGCACCUUCUUUAAACAGCAAAAGAAGGUGUCAUUCCAGUGAUGAAGCAUGCGUUUUAGCUGUCGAUUAUGAUUAUAUGCACAACAAUUUGUCUUGCCUGAGAGAAUGUCGAUUUCCUUGUGAGGAAAUUAACUACCUUUUAAGCAUAUCAUCGGCUAAAUUUCCUUUGAAUGAAACUGAAUCUUCUGAGAAGAACAGGCUGGAAGUCUUUUUCUCUUUCAAAAAGCCUGAAACAGUUGUCAUGGAAGAUGAAGAGUACUACAUGAUACAUAAUUUACUAAGCGACAUCGGUGGACAACUUGGGUUAUGGUCUGGUGUUUCAGUAUUGACUUUAGUUGAACUUUUAGUUCUCUGCGCAUAUGGUACAAGUAUUAUUUUUCAAAAGGUGUUCUUUUGGAUAAAAAAUGGAUAAAACAUUCCUGAAGUAUAUCAGUCACAAAUAGCUAAAUCCGACGUCCUCGCAUAAAAUUAAAUUACACAAUUUAAACUAAUUUAAACAGUGAGUUAAACUAACGAACGAACCACAGCAGCAGUCACAAGUGUAACGUAUUUCCAAAGUAAUGCAAUUUACACGUUUUACAUGCUUUGAAGAUUUUAAACUAAUGAUGAUGAAAGUCUUCACUAGAAUCGCUUAUGAACUGGUAACUUAUACAAUUCCGAGGAAAUUUUCAUUCGAAGUUUGUAAAAUAAACUGUAUUUGUAAUAUGCCACAAUGACAAAUAAAAGGUGAUAACAGAAUGAAGUUGUAACUUAUCAAUAUAUAACG